UACAGGAGGAGCAAGGGCACAUGGACAGAUAUUUCACCUAUUUAGCUCUGGGAUUUGAACCAGCAACCUUUCAGUUACUGGCCCAAUGUUCUUAACCACUAGGCUAGGCUACCUACCUGAUUAACUGAGAAGGGAAUAAAUGUUCAUACAGGGAGACAUUUUCAUUGGAGAAUCACUGAAGAAUAUGGAUAUACUCAAAGCCUUGCGUUACAACCUCUUGGUCAACCGUGUCAGACAGGCCUCACCCUCAUUCCAGCGGAUCAAUAGUAGGGAUGAAGAGAAUCAGGAAAAAGAUUUUGAGAUUGUCGAAGUGGACAGUCUUCAUACACAAAGACGGUGCCUUUCAGACAGGCAGGAUUUAGACUACCUCAGCUCGGAGGACCCAACGAAGCCUGUGCUCACAGACCAAAGCAGCCUCCUUCACAUUGGUCAACUAUGUCAGCUAAAUGAGCAUCUUCCUGCCCGGCUAGAGCAGUGCCCCUGGUCUCUGGUUUACAGCACCCAGAGACACGGCACCAGCCUGGGCACUCUGUACAAGAGCAUGGGGGGCAUGGACUGCAGCACCAGUACCCUCACUGUCAUCAGAGACAACUGUGGACAGGUAUUUGGUGCAUUUUGUCCUACUACUCUUCGAAUCAGUCUGUCAUACUAUGGAACAGGACACACAUUCCUCUUCUCCUUCUCUCCACAACUCCAGGUUUAUGAAUGGAAGUUUAGUAACUCCUUCUUUGUGAAGGGAAGUCCAGACUACCUGGCAUUUGGUGGAGGAGGGGGUCUCUUUGGCCUGUGGUUAGACGAUGGCCUGAUCCGUGGGCAGAGCCAGAGGUGUGACACAUUUGACAAUGACGUGUUGUCCUCCUCUGACGACUUCCUAAUCAACGACCUGGAGGUUUGGGCCAUCUCCUGAGACAAGGGACUGCAUGCUACUGCUUACUUAAAUGUUAUACAACGAUUGUGACAGUGGAUGGAAUUGAAAAAGACUGUACCUCUCAUCUGAGGAUCCAAAGCGUGGCUCCCUGUGCAAGGUGAUUCAACUCCAUCACCUCAAUAUUUUCCAUUACAAACAGAUAAGGCCCCAAACUCACCAGCUUUAGAAGCAUUGGGAAAACAGAAAUAGAGUACUACUGGCCUCUGGUGUUCAAUGAUUUAGACCGUGUGUAAUAAUCACUCCUCUCUGUUGGCCUUAUUUUCUGCUUGGUAUGUCUGUAUCAUUCUGUGGAGAUUUGGAUUACUUCAGAAAUAUUCUGCUGGGAGUUAAACAAUUAAAGGACAGUCAGAUUAG